GCAGCACACAUCUCAGACCCAGUAAGACCAAGAGUCAACCUCCUUCACAUCCAUCGUUUUUCUGGAAUCUCAUCAUGGACAUCCCCAUCCAGUAUCCCUGGUACCGCCGUGCCUUCCCACAUCGACUCUCUGACAUGUCCUUGGCAGAACCUCUCACUGAUUGGCCACUUAUCUGGCCUUUCUCCUGGUCCUUCCCCUGGAUGCGCCCUUCAUUCAUGCGCUGGUUCAACUGGCCCGACAAUGGACACAGUGAGAUGCGCAUGGAAAAAGAUCGCUACGUCAUUUAUCUGGAUGUGAAGCAUUUCUCACCCGAUGAGCUGUCUGUCAAUGUCAGUGACGAGUUCAUCACAAUACACGGCAAACAUGAAGAAAGACAGGACGACCAUGGCUUUGUGUCAAGAGAGUUUCUGAGGAAGUACAAGCUUCCCCCCACCGUGUCGUGUGCUGAAGUCACCUCCAGUCUGUCAUCGGAUGGUGUGCUGACAAUCACAGCACCUCGGUCAACUCUUGGCCCAGAGCGCAGCAUUCCCAUAGCCAGUGAAGAUGGAACAGCGAAACAGAAAAUCUAGAGCAGAAUCUGAUCCCGCUGACCCUGUUUCACUACUAACCUAAACUACUGCCUGUUUUUAUAUUUAACCUGUUACAGUUCAGUACAUGCUGUUUCAGAAGAGCAUGCAUACAAUAUCUAGACAUCUACAAGGGCAAGUGCCUUCUAAUAAACCAGUAUCUAACUCCUAACUCACUAUUACUCGUAUAUUUCUGAAAGACAAUGGUGCUUUAAAUUCACAGACUAAUAUGUCUAACAGUGCAGGAUAAUAAGCUCCUAAGAGUCACAAAUCUGCAAAACUACUCCUAAAACCAUACCUCUGUGCCAAAGAUAUUUGCCACCACCGUGUAUGUGAAAGGCAUGUUUAAGGUAUAAUCAUAUUUUGAAUUUGAGUCAUUUACUUUCCAAUCAGCAGUCAUUUGAAUGUUAUAUAAUAUCUGUACUGGCCCCUGUAAGUGACAAAAUUGUGAGCCGUUGUUAAUUGAACAUGUUGGGUACUUUUAAUCACAAACUAGCUUGCAGCAGAUAUUUGUUUUAGAGGUAAAGACUUAUCCUCAAAAUUGCCCUCCUAAGGUGAUACCAGACAAAAAAAUGUUAACAUUGUUGUAUCUACAGUACACAGUACUGUCUGGGUGGGUAUGAAUAAGAUGACAGCUGUGCUUUGUUUACGUGUUGGAUGGUGUUGGUUCCUGUAUGUAUUCGGAGGAGGGAGUUCUCUGGAGGCAUAUGCAGUCAUUUUUAGUUGUGUGUUCACAAAAAGCUACCGAAGGACUUGGGACCAGGUGUGUGAGGGUGAAUGAGCAGGGGGAGGGGGAGGAGUGGAUAAGGAGAGAACUCAUGUUUGGAGACGGACAGCUUUUAUAUCACUGGGCUCCUUUCCACUGGGGAGCAUGGCCUCUGAGCUGCUAUGGAAAGUGUGUAUGCGUGUUUGUGUGUGUGUGUGAGAGAGAGCGAGAGAGAGAGAGUUUCAUAAGAGAAUUAGUACACAUGUGCUUGUAGAUGCAAGAUUACAGCUCUAUUAUUCUUUCAUAUUGGUAACAACCCCCUGGCAUAUUAACACAGAA